CUCUCGUUCUCUCCCUGCUUUUUGAUUCGGCUGGGGCCCCCUGAUCAGACUCUCCGCACACACAUCCCCGCAAACCCCCAACUGGGUAAGGGUUUUGUUGGUUAUUAAAAUCUUAACCCAGAAGCGAACCUCUUUCCAUCAUCACUUCAAAAAGCCCCCCAGUCCCUAAUAUUUUUUCCUUGCUAGCUUCUUUCUUCUUCUUUCUGUAAGGUUUUUUAGGAUGGCUCUGAGUUUGGAUGACGUUGAGUUUUGGCUCCCACCUGAGUUCCUCGACGACGACGGUUUUGCCAUGGACAAGAAUGAAAGAAAUGGGCUCGGCUCCGACUCUGAGACGACAAAGGCUUUGUUCCCUCUAGAGUUUCCCUACGGGUUUGACUCUUUUGGGACUUCCUCAUCGGAUCUGGGUUCUCCGGUUGAGUCGGUUGUCGGUUCGAGUGAGACGGAGAGCGAUGAGGAGGACUAUCUCGCUGGCCUGACCCGCCAAAUGGCUCGCUCUAACCUUGUGAAUGAGGCCAGGAAAUCAGGCCCCGCUUUUCACUCUGAGAACUCGAAGGCUUGGGUUUCGUCCGGCUCACCGCAAUCGACGCUGUGCGCGGUGGGCAGCGGAUGCGGAUGCAGAAAGGGCUUGAGCCAUGGUAGCUCAAAUGGUUCUUCCCAAGUCUCGUCCCCACCAGCGACUUGGGAUCUGCUUCACUCUGCUGCAGGGGAAGUGCCAAGGAUGAGGAUGAACGAAGAGUUGUAUGCGCUUAACCAUGGCAGAGGUCUCAUGGAUCCCUUGAGGAAGCCCUCUCCGCUUCCUGUUCCCGUUAAGGAUAAUUCCAACACUGAGGUUGGGUUUUUUCCUCAACACGUGCUUUCCCACCAGCAGUUGCAAAUGCGAUUUCAGCAGCUUAGACAACAACAGAUGUUGAAGCAACAGGGCUCGGCGAUUUGGGGAACACAAGGGAAGCUGAAUGGAGAAUACCAACAGCGGCAGGCCCAGCAAACAGCCCAGAACAGGGGGAGGAACAGCGAGUUCGUUGGAGGCAGAAACGUUGGCCCUCUGGGCCUGUCAGCUUCUGCAUGGCCACAUCUGCAACAGGCUCAGCAACAGCACCAGCACCAGCAUCAGAAAAAUGGGUCAGGCAUGAGAGCUGUAUUUCUUGGGCGUCCUGGUGGUAAAAGGGAAUGCGCCGGCACUGGGGUGUUCCUGCCUCGUCAAGUUGACAGUCCGACCGAUACACGCCGGAAGCCAGCGUGUUCCACUGUUUUAGUCCCUGCAAGAGUGGCGCAGGCGCUGAACCUCAACUCGGAAGAUAUGAUGGGCUCUCAGUCCCAGCUUCAGCCUCGGUUCUUUGGGACAGUUACUGAUCUAAACGCUGACACUGCUCCGAGGCUUAGGAGUAACACCGUCUAUUCUCAUCAGAAACGUAACAUCCGGCCGCUGCCAGAAACGAACCAUGAGAUUAGGCUACCAAAGGAGUGGACUUAUUGAUUCCCGUUUCAAUCUGUGUUCUUCAUAUCCUUGUUUUUUUUGGGAGUUUUAGGAAGCGAAAGAAAUUUGGAAGCUUUUAGUUUGCUAUAGGAAUAGUUAUAUUAUAAGAUACAGUGUCUGAAAGACUGAAGAAAGAAAUGGUGAAGAUGAGAAGAACAGGAUGAAAGAAUAGGGUUUUUUGGUGUAGGUUUUAGAGGAAUAAAUGUUGACUUCGAUGAAGCUACAGCUCUUGUUCUUUCGGUUGGGCUCACAAAAGGAAGUGGUGGAUGGGAUUUUUUUUUUGGUAGUUUGGGAAUAAGCUUUGGGAUCGAUUGUAAGAAAAUCACAGGGGAUUAAGACGGGUUGGAGCCCAUUAUGUUUUGUUUAGUAUGGUGAUUACGAUCAUCCCUUCUCCCCUGAAAUUUGAUUCCCAACCUGUCUUGCCCAGCAUAUGCCAUCGACUAAUAAAAUAGCAUAUUAUUAUUUAA